AUGUCUUCACUCCCAAAGACUAUGAAGGCCGUGUACAUCGAGAAGACCGGUGGAACGGAAGUCCUGCAGUACAAGACUGAUGUACCGGUUCCAGAGCCCAAGGAAGGCGAGGUCCUGGUCAAGAACGAGUUCAUCGGCAUCAACUACAUCGACACCUACUUCCGCUCUGGUGUAUACAAGCCACCGCAGUUCCCGUAUGUUCUCGGUCGGGAAGGCGCUGGAACCGUCGCUUCCGUCGGACCCAACGCACCUUCUGAUCUCAAACCGGGUGCGCGCGUAGCCUACAUGGCGCAAUCCGCGUACGCAGAGUAUACUGCUGCACCAGCGAACUACACAAUUCCGCUCCCUGAUUCCAUCUCCACCAAGACAGCCGCUGCCUCGCUCCUCCAGGCACUAACCGCCGUGACCUUGAUCCGUGAUGCUUACGAAGUUAAGGAAGGCGACUGGAUUCUCGUUACCGCUGCAGCUGGUGGCGUAGGUUUAUGGCUGUGCCAGUUGCUGAAGGCUGUCGGCGCAAGAGUCAUCGCUACAGCUAGCACAGAAGAGAAGAGGAAUCUGGCAAAGCAGAACGGCGCAGAGGUGCUACUGGAAUACCACGAGGACAACCGAGACGUUUUCGUGAAGAAAGUCCUAGAGACUACUGGGGGCGAGGGUGUGCAUGCAGUCUUCGACUCUGUGGGCAAGUCCACCUUUGACAGCUCGUUGUCUGUCGUAAGGAGGAAGGGUACGAUGUGCUCGUUUGGAAACGCAUCGGGACCAGUUGAGGGUUUCGCUCUUGCUCGCUUGUCAGCAAAGAACGUGAAGCUUGUCCGCCCUACGCUAUUUAACUACAUCGCCACUCGCGAAGAACUGCAGACGGCGGCAAAGGAACUGUGGAACUUCAUCGAGAAGGACGGACUAAAUGUCAAGAUUCACGACGUGUAUCCGUUGAGCGAGAUUGUGCGUGCGACCCAGGACAUCGAGAGCAGGAAGACAACUGGAAAACUGGUGUUGACACCGUAA